AUGCAAAACCCUAGAGAAUACUUGACGGAGGAUAAAUUUGCCGAAGUUCUCAAGAAAUUACCUCCUCUUGGUUUGAAACUUGACAAAGCAAAAUUUUUCAUGGACUCUAAUCAAGAGAAGAUAUCCCAUAAGCAGAGGGGCAACUUGGCUACUCAGAUUGGUCAUAGCGACCUCAAAUCCUUGCCGGAGAAGGAGGCCCGAAAGGCUUCAAAAAUCGUCACGUUUUUGCUGAAAAUCGGCUCAUGGCAGAGAGUCUCUAGAAACGAAGAGGAUGUGGUGGCAAAAUGUUACUUCUCCAAAAGAAGAUUUGUGUGGGAGAUUUUGGAGAAUGGCUUGAAGAAAAAGAUUGAAAUACAGUGGGAGUAUAUUCUGUCAAUGAGAGUUGUUAUUAUAGAGUAUCAACCUGGGAUUCUUGAAGUUGAGUUAAACCAGCAGCCUAUGUUCUUCGGGGAAACAGAUCCAGAGCCCAAAAAGCAUUCUCGUUGGAAACAUAUUGCAGAUUUUACUGAUGGUCAAGCCACAAUUUGCAGGAAGCACUUUCUCAAAUUUCCUCCAGGUGCGUUCGACAAACAUCUUAAGAAGCUUCUACGAUUCGAGCCCCGGUUCUUGCAAAUGUGUCAAAGCACUUUUCCACGCCUACAAAAUCCUUAUUUUCAUUCAGAUCUCCAUCACGUGGGUGAGAAUAUAUCUUUUGAAUGCUUUGGAAAUGGCCCAGAAAUGAACUCCUUCCAACAAUCACCCUAUUCAAGAGAUUUCAAUAAUACUCUUUCUUUUGGUUGCAAUGGAAAUGAUCCAGAAAUGAAU